CUUGACACGCUCAUUAUGUUCAUUUAUGCAAUUGAGGAAGAUCAAGACUGACUAAAAAGAGUGAGAGAGAGAGAAAAGGAGUGAAAAGGACUGCAAGAAUCAUUUAAAUUUGUCAAACUCAGUCUGUGAUGGAGGCAGUUGUGAACUCUGAUCAUGAUGGCAAUUGCACAACACUUGCAGAGAUAAAGGUCAUAAUAAUUGGUAGUAAAGCAGAAUGCAAAUGCAGCGCAGCAAAUGCCAUCCUUAAUGAAGAGGAGUUUAAAGUGGGCAAAGAGAUUGUGAAGAGUGAGAUAAGACAUAGGGCGGUUCAGAACAGGUCAGUUACUCUGGUAGUGACACCAGGAUGGCAUAGGAACCAUUCUCUAUCAGAGAGCUCAGAGCUCAUAAAGAUGGAGAUUGUACACAGUUUAGACAUGUGUCCUACACCACAUGCCUUCCUUCUAGUCAUCAACCUGCACUCCACAUUCACAGAGAUGCACUUAAAUGGAGUCAUAGAACACAUGGAGAUUCUUGGGGAGGAGAUCUGGAAUCACACAAUAGUGCUGCUGAUGUAUCUCAACAGGAACCAAACAGAUGCAGAUACCAAACAGCUAAUUGACAAAGCAGGGAAAGCACUUAAUAGGGUAAUAAAUAUGUGUGGGAACAGAUAUCAUGUCUUCAAAAAGAGUAAAGGGUUAAAUAUGGAACAAUUGUUUUGUGAGAUAGAAAGCUUAGAUGCACAACAUGCUGGACAGUCCUUUAAAAUUGACCACAGAUUGUUUGAAGAUAUGGAGCAAAAAAGAAGGACGAUGAAAGAGCGAGCAGAAGAAAGAAAGACCCAAGUAACAAAAACUUUGAAAGAGCAUCAAAAAGGAGAAAGUUGUCGUUUUCCAGAGUUAAGGAUUCUCUUGAUGGGUAGCUGUACUGUUGGGAAGACAUCAGUGGCAAACACCAUCGUUAAUGAGCCUAUGUAUAAGCAGGGCAGAACCAAACAAUGUGAGAAGAGAGAAAAAGAUGAAGACGGUCAAAAAGUAAUUCUCAUUGACACACCCGGAUGGUGGAUGUUCUCAUCUGUGAAGGAGACUCCCAAACCAAUCAAGCAAGAGAUCAUCUCCAGUUUGUCUUUCUACCCACUGGGCGCUCAUGCAGUUUUGCUGGUUGUGCAGCCAGGUAUCGCCUUCACUGAGGCACACAGAAGGUCUAUCAAGGAGCACAUGGAACUGUUAGGUCAAAAUGUCUGGAAUCACAGUAUAGUGGUUUUCAGCUGGGGUGAUUGGCUGGGGGCCCCCACUAUUGAAGAACACAUUGAGAGUGAAGGAAAAAAUCUGCAAUGGCUAAUCAGCAAAUGUGGAAACAGGUACCACGUCCUCAAAAACAGGCAAUGGAAAGAUAGGACACAGGUCACGGAGUUGAUUGAAAAGGUAGAGAUGAUGGCCAAAGUGAACACACAUUUCCUAACACCUGUGGAGAUGGAUGACAGCUCUGAAAUUAAUUUGGAGAGAGGAAGCAUUGUAUUUGAACCACCUUGUAUGAAAGAAAGUGAAUCAGAAGAGUAUGUUAAGAAAUGGAUUCAGGAUUUGGAUAAAGCGUCUGGCUACGAGACCGGAUCACAAAGUGUGAUGGAGGAAAUUUCAGAGGAACAAAUCCAACCUUGGAUUCCACCUGACUGUCUGUGAGAGGUACGGCAAGCAAAGAAAGUUUAAACAAUGCAUCCCAAAAUUGAAAUGGCAAAUAAGUGAAGGCUUAUAUUGUUGUUCAAUUUUACAGAUAACUUUCAUAUUUGUUACAUUUUAAUGCCGUUUCUCAAACUGCAUUGGCUUAUAUAUGUAACUAAAAGAAUAAUUCUUUGACAUGAUAGAAAACAAGUCUAUUACUGUUGAAGAAGUGCAGUAUGCCAUCAAAUUAGCAUUAUAAUAGACAUUUUACAAAUAUUUUUUGACUUUGUAUGGGAUCAUAUAGUUCAAAUUUAGUUUCUCUUUAUUCAUCACCUUGCAUUUUACAUAUUCUAUUCAGUAAUGUAAAAAGAAGGUUUUUGUUUUUAAUUGUUUGCAUGCUUAUGUUUUAAAAUAUUUUUAUUGAAAUAUACUUAUUAUUGUAACAUCACCCCACCUAUAAUGGGCCAUUACAAUGAGGAUUUCAAUUACAAUCGACAAUUCUGUGACUACAAACGGUCAUGUUAUGUCAUUUUAAUAUGAUUGUUUCAAAUGUACAUGUGUCUGCUGUAAUAGAAUUGUAAAAUUGUGAUUAUAUAUCUCCUGUGUAUGUGGAAUUUUCUGUGUUCUUGUGCAUAUGAUACAUACCUCUAUGGAUAGAUAAUUUUAUAUCAUACAAUCCCAUGCAAUUUUCUUAAUUCACUGUCAAAUUCUUGAAUUGAUUUCUUAUACUGUAAAUUAUUAAUCAUCAUACAAGUUCAUACGUACAUCAAUAAGGGGAGACUUGUACUCAGUCAAUGAAUUCUGUGAAGCCAAUGCUGUUACAGCUGAUUUGUAAAAUUAGGUCAUUUCCAAUGCUAUCAACAUGCUUGGGGUGUAAUGGAGUCGACAUCUGGGAGGUUUCAGUUCGCAUUAUGUUCUUGAUAAUGUAUAACAUGAGUUUCAGCUUAAGAUUUCUUUUAAGUUGUAUCAAAGUUGCUGUCACUGCAUUUAUGAGUUUUGCUCAACAAAGUAGCCUAAAAUAUUAAUAAAGUAUUUGAAAAUAGCAAAUCCGCAAGCCACUGAGAGUUGUUAAUCAUCCUAUAGUGCCUUAAUGAUUUUAGCCAAUAACUGUCCAAAUGUUGUAAGAAAGCAAUUUAGGGAUGAUUCACAUAAUGCAAAGGAAAAGCUAGGAUACACUUCAAGUUUCUAAUGCAAUUGUAAUCAAAUUAUGCAGUGAUAUUGUACACUGGAUGCUAAAAUUAUUAUAAAUUAUGCACAAGGAUCCUCAGUGUUGCAAUCCCAAAGCUACUCAGUCAAAAUGUUGUAAUUUAUUCCAAUCACAAUCCAGUUUGUAUUCUGUUCUUUAACUUGGCCAAGCUUCAUCUCUAUAGCAAUCCAAUGCCAGUUCAACAAUCAUUGAAAAAUGUCCUACAAAUAUCUAUAUUAAUUGUGCAGUAAUACAAAAUUUGAUACAAAUGGGUGACACCUUCAUCUAUAAUUCUGCCAGUGUGGGGAGCAACAUUUCACGGGAUUACUUAUUUAAAAUACAAACUAUUAGUAACUGUAUUCCACUACAGUUACAAUUUUAAUCAUUGGUAAUUAGAGUACAGUUACAUUCAAAAAGUAUUAUAGAUUACUGAAGAGAUUACUUUGCAUUUUAUUGCCAUUUGUUUCAUUUAAUAUUUAGUCCUUUCAGAUGGAAAACAUUUAUACAUGUAAAUGAUGAGAUCCAACGUGCAUUUGAACAGCGGUGAAAACUUUAUGUGUUCAUACGAGCAGACAGAAAAAUUCGUUUGAAGUAAGUUUGGAGCAGAAGAAAUAGAAAUAAACCUUGUGUAAAUUGUCUAAGCUAAAAUGCUAUUUCUAGCCAUUUUACAUGCACGUUACCAGGACUAUCAAGGAGCACAUGGAACUGUAGGUGAAAAUGUCUGGAAUCACUGUAUAGUGGUUUUCAGCAGGGGAGAUUGGCUGGGUUGUCCCAACUAUUGAAGAACACAUUAAGAGUAAAGGCUUUGUAGUGGCUGAUCAGAAAAUGUGAAAAUAGGUAUCAUGUAUUAAACAACAUUAAAUGGGAUGAUGGGAAACAGGUCACAGAGUUAAUUAUGAAAGUGAAGAUGAUGGUCAUGAGAAAAACUGUGCUCCUGACACCUGUGGGUGAAGCAUUGGAGGAGAUGGAUAACAGUGAUUUUGAAGAAUCAUGUGGAAGCAUCAGCUGGGAUCAACUUUUAUGUGAGUAUUGUAAUGAAAUCCCUGCAAAUUAUUUCAUGUUGACUUAUACCAGCUAAACAUUUAUUACCAGAUACAUUUUUUUUAAAGUAAUUAACCUACAGUUAAAGGAAUUCUUCCCAAACCAGUUUAUAAUUUUUGACCAAAUUUGUUGUUAUUGUUUUUUUAAAUCGCUUCCUUAUUUGUUUUAUUUUUCCCAACAGUGAA